UGUAACUCUCAGUGCGUUUUACUCGAACUGGGAGGUAUUUAGGGAUUGUGUUCCACAGCGCGCACAAGAUGCACUAACCAGACGGAAGACGAAUUACAUAGUCACCACCGCAGCUAUUAACGGGGAUCGAGGAUACAAAGCUAUUAGUAGUACAAGCUUGUGGUAAACCAUGGGAAAGUUUUCCUCCACAAUUGCGCCCACGACAGAUAAACAACUACCAGCAAGGCGUCGGAAGGGAAGUUCGGACACGCCGUCAGCUAAUGCACUUCGCGAGAGGGUCCGAGCGCAGAAUAUGAAGAGGGCGUACUUAAAACUGCAGAAAACGCUGCCUCAAGUUCCACCUGAUACUAAGUUACCGAGGCUCAAUAUCCUGUUAUUGGCGAUCGAUUACAUCUCUCAUCUCCGCGAUGUGCUGCAUAACGGUACGUGUGCAGCUGAAGAAAACCCUUUGCCUCACAAGGUGGAGGAUAAAUGCGGCAUGUUCCGUCCUUUCAUUGAGAAAUGGCCAAUCAGAUGCCAGCUGCUGUCAGAGUUUUUGAGACCUCAACUUGACGAAACACAAACAAAACAACAAAUUACACUCAAAGAGAAGUGAACUGACUGAAAUAUGGUUUUGCGUUGUAGCAAAGUUCCCCCUUCGACAAAAUUAUUGGUCGUUUUAAGUUAUUCUUGAGCGAGAGCUUUGGCGCAGCUGUUUUCCACGUUUAUGACCCAAGCCUUUUAUCUGAAUAUGAAAGCCGAAUAAGCGGUCUGUUUUGUUUUGUUCUACCAACUCAACGUAAGAUUGGAUUUUUUCUACUGUCCAAACAA